AUGGACAUCUAUUAUGAACUAGUCAAAGAGCGUGAGUCUGUUGGUCGUACAAGCGAGAUCGCAAUCAGCCGAGUGGAACAGCUUACUCCUUUCCCUUACGAUCUCAUCAAGCUUGAGCUGGAAAAAUAUCCAAAUGCUGUAGUCCAGUGGGUACAGGAGGAACAUAAAAAUAUGGGUCCAUGGGUUUACAUCCAGUCUCGAAUCAAUCAUCUGAUACGUCGCACCAUGCCUGAGAGAAGAUCAAAGCGUGUCCUGUAA